AUGGAAUUUGCCGCCAACAGUUCUGGAUACUUACAUGUAUACGUCGAAACACUUGAGUAUGCCUACAUAGACUGUGCCCAUCCAAACACAUCCGCAGCGCGGACACCUAUCCUUGUGUCAAAACGCAUCUAUCGGACCUUGCGCCUGAGCUCCGACCCACAUGAUCAUUGGUCACCGGUUGCCGUGGUCGGUGCCGAAGUUGCCUUGACUCACUGA